UAUAAUCAUGUAUUAUAUUAUCCUGACAGGUCUGCAAAUACCACCCAUGAAGUCAUCAAUGUCACCCUCCACACUACGCUGGCUGCUACUACCAAAUUGGUGGUACCUACACCUGCUAAACCUAUCCUUCCAGUUCAGACUGGAGUCCAAGCACAGCAAGAGGAGCAAUCUAGUGGCAUGACGAUUUUUUUUAGUCUUCUUGUAUUAGCUAUCUGCAUCAUAUUGGUGCAUUUACUGAUAAAAUACCGACUUCAUUUUUUACCAGAAAGUGUGGCAGUUGUUUCUUUAGGUAUCCUUAUGGGAGCUUUUAUAAAAAUCAUAGAGGCUCAGAAGCUGGCCAACUGGAAGGAAGAAGAAAUGUUUCGUCCAAAUAUGUUUUUUCUGCUUUUGCUUCCACCUAUUAUAUUUGAAUCUGGAUAUUCAUUGCACAAGGGUAAUUUUUUUCAGAACAUCGGUUCCAUCACUCUAUUUUCUGUAUUUGGCACUGCAAUAUCAGCUUUCAUUGUAGGUGGAGGAAUUUAUUUCCUGGGCCAGGCUGAUGUAAUAUAUAAACUCAACAUGACAGACAGUUUUGCAUUCGGCUCUUUAAUAUCUGCAGUUGACCCUGUGGCUACUAUUGCCAUUUUCAAUGCCCUCAAUGUGGAUCCUGUACUUAACAUGUUGGUGUUUGGGGAAAGCAUUCUCAAUGAUGCAGUCUCUAUUGUCUUGACCAACACAGCAGAAGGUUUGACAAGAGAAAAUAUGUCAGAUGUAAGUGGAUGGCAAACCUUUCUACAGGCACUGGGAUACUUUCUUAAGAUGUUCUUUGGCUCCGCAGCGCUUGGCACACUUACUGGUCUUAUUUCUGCAUUAGUGCUAAAGCACAUUGAUUUAAGGAAGACACCCUCCCUAGAGUUUGGGAUGAUGAUUAUCUUCGCAUACCUUCCUUAUGGACUUGCAGAAGGUAUCUCGCUCUCAGGUAUCAUGGCAAUCCUCUUCUCUGGCAUCGUGAUGUCUCACUACACACACCAUAACUUGUCCCCGGUGACACAGAUUUUAAUGCAGCAGACACUGAGAACCGUUGCUUUCAUGUGUGAAACGUGUGUUUUUGCAUUUCUUGGCCUGUCCAUUUUUAGUUUUCCUCACAAGUUUGAAAUGUCCUUUGUCAUCUGGUGCAUAGUCCUUGUUUUGUUUGGUAGAGCAGUGAACAUCUUCCCGCUUUCCUACCUACUCAACUUUUUCCGUGAUCAUAAAAUCACCCCCAAAAUGAUGUUUAUCAUGUGGUUUAGCGGUUUACGUGGUGCAAUUCCCUAUGCCCUCAGCCUCCAUUUGGGCUUGGAACCAAUUGAGAAACGGCAGCUCAUUGGGACAACAACGAUUAUAAUAGUUCUGUUCACGAUCUUACUGCUGGGAGGAGGAACCAUGCCCCUCAUCAGGCUGAUUGACAUUGAGGACUCCAAAGCACGCAAGAGGAACAAGAAGGACAUUAAUCUUAGCAAGACAGAGAAGAUGGGAAAUACCAUAGAAUCCGAACAUUUAUCAGAGCUCACAGAGGAGGAGUAUGAAGCCCAGUACAUAAAACGCCAGGACCUGAAAGGGUUUAUGUGGUUUGAUGCCAAGUAUUUGAAUCCUUUCUUCACUAGAAGACUCACACAAGAGGACUUGCAUCACGGGCGCAUACAGAUGAAAACCCUCACAAACAAAUGGUAUGAAGAGGUACGACAAGGGCCCUCAGGAUCUGAAGACGAUGAGCAAGAGCUGCUAUAG